AUGAAUAAUCAUGUUAUGCAAAUGAGUCUUUCAUCGAGAAAUGGGUAUCAUUUAUUCGUCUAUUGUCUCAACAAGAAGCCAGGUCACCACUAUCAAAUGCCGAAUAAGAACAAUGACUCAAGCUCAGAGAGAGCCAGUAUCGACGAACUGAAGGAGGAAGCAAAAAAAUUGGUGAAGAAGAUUCAAGAUCAUUUUUUGGCCAUAGAAGAGCAUAGGAAAAAGGAUAGAGAGUUAUGGAGGAGCUUGAACAGAAGAUUGGAAUCUCUAGAAGAAGUGAAAUCAGAAAGAGGAAAGCGUCGGAUUAGAAGGAGCAGGAAGAGUAAAGAGGGACAUUGAGGAUAUUAAAGAAAAAGAAGUUGAACGUUGUUCAUAUACAAGUAAAUGCGCUUACUCGUUCAUCGAAU